UCUUUCGUUGUAAUAUAUCAAUCUGAUUACACCAUUUUCUCCGGAUUCCAAUCAUCCUUGACCUACUCUCAGUGUUAUUUCGCUGCACGUUGUUUAGCACAGUCUUAAGUGUCUGCUUAUUUUGGACUAUUAAUUGGUUUGAUCAGGUUAUCUAGAAACUUUUGCUAGUACAUGCAUUUUGUUUAUAUUAUAACAGAGAAAAAGGGCUGAAGUGUGAACACUGUAAAGGAACCAAUAUUUUUAACCAUAGUUGCUGGGUUUGAAGGGUGUCACGUGGAGACUUUUUUUUUUUUUGCUAAUCAGAUGUGUUCCUUUCUGAACCAUACGCACAUACUCUUCUUAUUAUUUGAAAUAAAUGGACGACAAAAGCGAUCCUUCGAACGACGAUUUACCAGUAAAAGAAUUUCUCUCACGCCAUGUUCCUGAUCAGGUCACUAAUUCAAGAAAAUUGUGUUAUCGACAUCGACCAGAUCUAAUCAAGAGACGACAACCUGAUUCCCUUGAUAUAGAGAAUGCACAAAGACAAAUGGAAGUACUUCCAACUGAAGAUAAGGCAGCUAUUUCACAUAUUUGGUCGCUAUUUUCAGCAGCACCAGCAGAUCAACGUAUAUUAAUAUUAAGAGGCCUUUUAUCAACAUGCUGCAUGCCUCAAUUGUCUUUUCUUCAUGAUGCCAUAAAACCAUUGUUACGCAUUGACUUUUUGUCUAUUUUACCCCGUGAAAUAUCCUUGAAGAUAUUCUUUUACCUUGAUGCCAAGUCACUUUGUAACGCUGCACAAGUGUCUCACAACUGGAAAGCUAUGGCAGACGAUGAUGCUCUUUGGCACCGUAUGUGUGAACAGCAUAUUGAUAAGAAAUGUACAAAAUGUGGAUGGGGAUUACCUUUACUAAACAAGAAGAGAAAGGCAACCGCAGUGCCCAAGAGACCAUUAAUUGAACCAAGCGAAGAACCUCUUCGGACUGCAUGUGGUCCGAUCAAAACCACUUCAAAUGCUUCAAGCAGCACAUUAAAAGAGAACAAAAAAUUAAAGAUCAGGAACAACGAUGACGAAGCAUGUACAACUGCUUUUAACACUAUUUUUAAUGCCCAAGGAAACUCAGCUGGUGACACAUCAGUCAUUCCUGCACCUGCUCGUAGACCUUGGAAAGAUGUUUACUCGGAAAGAUUGAUGGUGGAAAGAAAUUGGCGAAAUAACAAAUAUAAUUUACGUAUCUUGAGUGGUCAUACUGAUGGAGUCAUGUGUGUCCAAUUUUGUGAUGGAAGUAAUAUAAUGAUGACUGGAUCUUACGAUAAGACGGUUUGUAUAUGGAAUCUGGAAACAGGCGAACUUAUCCGUACCCUCACUGGUCACACACGUUGUGUUCGUGCGCUCCAAUUUGACGAGGCUAAGUUAGUGACAGCUUCUAUGGAUCAAACCCUAAAAAUUUGGAACUGGCAAACUGGAAAAUGUAUCCGUACUCUUGAAGGUCACACUGGCGGUGUAUUGAGUUUACAUUUUAACUCUAGGUUAAUGGCAAGUGGUUCAACCGAUCAUACUAUCCGUGUGUGGAACUUUUUAGCAGGUGAAUGUUGCACAUUAACUGGCCAUACUGAAUGGGUGAAUUCAGUUCGAUUUUGUCAAGAUGAUACCAUGUUAAUAUCCUGUAGCGAUGAUUCUACUAUUCGUUUAUGGGAUUUACAGAAACGCGCAUGUGUUCGUGUUUUCAACGGCCAUGUAGGUCAAGUUCAGAUAGCCGUACCAAGUCCAAAGGGGUUUACACAUCGCUUAUUAAAUUAUGGGGACGAGCAUGCAAAUCCUUCUUCUUCGACAAACUCGCGUGCCACUGGUGGAAAUAGAAUGGCUGAUUUUCAACCUGGGUGUGCUACAGACAAUCGAAGCAGUAACGGAUUGAGUUUGGAGCAAAUAAAGAAAUUUUCGUCACCAGCAACUGUCGCAGCAGAACUGUCUGAAAAUCCCAUCAUCAUAUCAGGCUCUUUAGAUAAUACGAUCAAGUUAUGGGAUAUGACCACCGGUAACUGUAUACGAACACUGUUUGGUCAUGUAGAAGGUGUUUGGAGCUUAGCUUAUGAUACGCUCAGGAUCGUUUCGGGAUCUCAUGAUAAAACAGUUCGUGUAUGGGAUAUUGGAAGUGGUAGGUGCAUGCAUGCUUUGGAAGGGCAUAAUGGGCCUGUCACCUCAGUGGCACUAAGUGAUACAAAGAUCAUAUCGACAUCAGACGAUGGAGACAUAAGGAUUUGGGACUAUGGCGUGUCACAUUAGGAUAUGUGGUC